AUGCUGAUCCUCAACACGCUGAUCCUGAGCACGCACCCUGCUCAGUCCCCUCCUGUACUCCCUGUUCACUCAUGACUGCACAGCUAAGCACGACAGAACAGUGGUAGGCCUGAUCACCGACAACGAUGAGACAGCUUAUAGGGAGGAGGUCAGAGACCUGGCCAUGUGGUGCCAGGACAACAACCUCUCAACGUGAUCAACAUGAUCAAGACAAAGGAGAUGAUUGUGGACUACUACUAUAAAUCAUUGAGUGAGUCACAACUACGUGACAUUGCUUAAUCGGCAACUGAGGCUCAAACCUGUUUAGGGACUUGUACCUUAUGAAGCCUUAUGCAUCCAUUUGCCUGCAUCGAAAGUGUUGUUAAAAUUAAGAUUUCACAACCUGUCACAUGAAUGACUACAGGAACCAGAAUGCACCACAACAGUCAGCCAAUAGUAUCGCAGGUUGUGUUGAGGAAUUGAAUGCACGCGGUGUUUCUUCACUUCCUGGUUUAAAGAUGGCGGAUGAGAAUGAGACAGCACCGAAGCCGGAGAAAGAAGAGGAAGUAGAAGAAGACCAUGGACAUUGCAGUGAUUGCGAAAAUGAAGAGCAUCACUUUGAUGAUGGUGACAAGGUCCAGGGAGAUGACAGCGGUGCCAAGAAGAAGAAAAACAAAAAGAAGAAGAAGAAGUCUGGGGCAAAUAAAGAACCUGCAGAGGAGGAUCCGCUAGGCAAGGUGAACUCGCUGCCUGCUGAUAAGCUGCAGGAGAUCCAAAAGGCAAUUGAACUUUUCUCUGUAGGCCAGGGCCCUGCCAAAACCAUGGAGGAGGCAAGCCGACGCAGCUACCAGUUCUGGGACACACAGCCCGUCCCCAAGCUAGGGGAGAUGGUGACAUCACAUGGUUCCAUCGAGCCUGACAAAGACAACAUCCGGGAGGAGCCCUACAGCCUUCCUCCAGGCUUCACGUGGGACGCCUUGGACCUGGGCAAUGCCGCUGUGCUGAAGGAGCUGUACACUCUGCUCAAUGAGAACUACGUGGAGGAUGAUGACAACAUGUUCCGCUUCGACUACUCCCCAGAGUUUCUGCUCUGGGCUCUGCGCCCCCCCGGCUGGCUGCCCCAGUGGCACUGUGGGGUGAGGGUGAAUUCCAACCAGAAGCUGGUGGGCUUCAUCAGUGCCAUCCCUGCCAACAUCCGCAUCUAUGACCAAGAUAAGAAGAUGGUGGAGAUCAACUUCCUGUGCGUCCACAAGAAGCUGCGCUCUAAGCGGGUAGCGCCAGUCCUGAUCCGAGAGAUCACCAGAAGGGUCAACCUGAAGGGCAUCUUCCAGGCUGUCUACACCGCUGGUGUGGUACUGCCCAAACCUGUGGGCACCUGCAGGUACUGGCAUCGCUCUCUGAACCCACGCAAGCUGAUCGAGGUGAAGUUCUCUCACCUGAGCCGGAACAUGACUAUGCAACGCACCAUGAAGCUGUACCGUCUGAAUGAGUCCCCAAAGACGUCUGGCUUGCGGCCGAUGACCAGGAAGGAUGUCCCGGCCGUGCAUCGCCUGCUCCUGGAGUAUCUGAGCCAGUUCCACCUGGCCCCUGUCAUGAGCCCCGAGGAGGUGGAGCACUGGCUGCUGCCCCAGGAGAGCAUCAUAGACACCUACCUGGUCGUAUCCUCUGGGGGCAAGGUGACGGACUUCCUGAGCUUCUACACGCUCCCCUCUACUAUCAUGAACCAUCCAGUGCACCGCAGCCUCAAGGCAGCCUACUCCUUCUACAACGUGCACACCACCACCACCCUGCUGGACCUGAUGUCUGACGCACUCAUUCUGGCCAAGUCGAAAGGGUUUGACGUUUUCAAUGCACUGGACCUGAUGGAGAAUAAGACUUUCCUUGAGAAGCUCAAGUUUGGCAUCGGAGAUGGGAAUCUACAGUAUUAUCUGUACAAUUGGAAGUGUCCUAGCAUGGGAUCAGAGAAGGUUGGCUUAGUACUACAGUGACAUCCAACCCCCCACCCCCCCCCCCCACUGAGCGUCACAGUUAGGCCAGGAGACCACAAAACGCACUGACCACCUGACAGAUGGACCGAUGGACUUCCUGCUUCAGGAAAGAGAACCCACCGCCCAUUUUUACUUCUUGACCUUUGAACUUUGACCUGCACUACCGCUGCCAGGCAGGGAGUCGGGGGAGUUGGUCCUUCUCCAUGCUCUCUCUCUCUCCCUCCCAUCACAUGGACCUUAAGCCAUUUUAGUUACCAUCCCAACUGAAGUCUGUCAUGAUUGUACUAGAUAUCUUAUACACACACUGCACAAUUCGCCAAAUAACACACACAACAUACAUGUACAGUAAGACCGACAUGACAGGAAAAUUAUACUAACACAUACUGACCCAGGGGUAGGCAACUCCAGUCCUCCGGGGCCUGAUUGGUGUCACAUCUUUUCUUCAUCCCUAGCAAACACAGCUGAUUUAAUCAAAUUGCAUUCUAAACUGAAAAUCGUGGUUAUUGGAGUCAGGUGUGUUAGCUGUGGCUGGGACACCAAGCAGGCCCUCGACUGGAAUUGCCCAUCCCUGCACUAGACGCUAACAUUUUAUAUUCAUUCAUGUGUGCAAUGCGCUUUUUCAAAACAAAUCUCUCAUCAUCCCCGAAGUACAGUGUUAGAGAGAAAAAAAUCGAAACAAUCAAAAACAUUUAAAAAGGAAGACCUAAAAAAAUAAAAAAAAGAUAAGGAAAUUAAUAUCCAAAGUGGACACAAGACAAGGGCUUCUGUCAAUGUUUUUCUUCUUUUGCUAUUGAAGCUUGAAACUGCAGAUUUACUAUCAACCCGUCCAUUUUCUUCACUGUACGUGUUCUAGACUUGACUCUGUACACAGCUGACCGAGGGGUAAAUGAGGGGUUUUGUCCUUCAUCUUUUUCUUUUAUAUAUAUAUAUAUUUUUUGUCCCAUCUUUACUAACUGUCAUGACCUAUUCAGAAGCCCUGUUCAGAAGAAAAUACAACGAUGACCGUAUAAAUGGAACAGCUUUCAAUAAGAACUUAACAAAGUGGAGUAGUUCGGACUGUUAUUUUUAAUGUUCUUUUUUUGAAAGCUGCGGCCGGGAGAGCAGUUAUUUGGAGUAUGGAAAUGGUUGGGUGGGGGCUGCUGAGACUGGGCACGGAAGGGACUGGAUACUGUUUGUGGGUAGAACACCUCUGAAAUUGAGAAUUAAAACUGUCAAGGAUUUGGGGACCUGGGCCGGGGAGGGGGCUGGGUAACACCCCAAGUAAACCUAUUUGUUUUUAUGUAGAGUGUUGGAAACCGAAAUGAAUAACUGGUCUCAUGGUUUUAUGAUGCAGGAAAACAAAUGUGAAGAUGCAGGGGAAUUUUUGUGCAAAAUAAAAUAUAGAAGUUGCUGUGAGGUUU